AUGGACUUCUCCGAGCUCGAGAAGCGCGAGGGCGUGCGGUUAUCGUGGAACGCGUGGCCGUCGUCGCGGAUCGAGGCGACGCGCGUGGUGCUUCCGUUCGGCGCGGUGUGCACGCCGUGCCGCGCGAUGCCGGAGAUGCCCGUGCUGCCGUACGGACCCGUCGUGUGCACCGAGUGCAGCGCGGUUCUGAACCCGUACUGUAUGAUGGACUACCACCAGAAACGAUGGCAGUGCUGCCUGUGCAACACCGGGAACGCGCUGCCGCGCAACUACCACGAGAUCAGCGAGCAGAACCUCCCCGCGGAGCUCUUCCCCGCGUACACGACGGUGGAGUACCAGAUGCAGAAUAAAUCCCCGCGGCCGCCGUGCUUCGUCCUCGUCCUCGACGUCACGAUGUCUCGAGAGGAGCUCCAGGACGCGAAAGACUCGCUCGGGCAGCUCGUCGCGCUGCUUCCCGAGGAGUGCUUCGUCGCGCUGGUGACGUUCGGGAGCACGGUGACGAUUCACGAGCUGUGCGAGACGUCGCACGGGAUGUCCAAGGCGUUCGUGCUGAGAGGCAACGACGACGUGGAGCAAGAUAAGCUGAAGAAGCUGCUGGGGUUGGAGCUCACGCCGGAGGAGCACGCGUACUACGCGCAGAAUAAGCAGCGCGGGUCGCACGUCGCCGAGGAAGCCGGCGCGAUGAAACGCUUCGUGCUCCCGGUGAGCGAGUGCGAGUUUCAACUGCAAACCGUGCUGGACGAGCUCUCGCCCGAUCCGUCGCCGACGGAGAAGGGCACGCGGCCGUGCCGGUGCACCGGCGUCGCGAUCGCCGCCGCGCAGGCGCUCGUCGCGGAGUCGCACAGCGCGCAGGGCGCGCGAGUGAUGGUGUUCACGUCGGGGCCGUGCACGCUGGGGCCGGGGACCAUCGUCGGGCGGGACAUGAGCGAAAACAUCCGGACGCAUCAAGACUUCGCGAAGAGCAACGCGAAGUAUUGGAAGCAGGCGAACAACUACUACAACUCGCUGGGCGUUCGCCUCGCGACGCACGCGCACACGCUGGACGUGUUCGCGUGCUCGCUCGACCAGGUUGGGCUCGCGGAGAUGAAGACCGCGGUGGAUCAGACGGGCGGCGUGAUGGUUCUCGCGGAGCAAUUCCGAGCGGAGUCGUUCCGGCAGUCGCUGAAGCGGAUGUUCCGACGCGACGAGAACGGGAUGCUGGACAUGUACUUCAACGGGACCUUCUCCGUGUUUUGCGUCCCGCAGGUCAUGGUGCAGGGCGCGAUCGGCCCGGUCAGCGCGCUCGCGGUCAAGUCGCGGUCCAUCUCGGAGAACGAAGUCGGCCUCGGACAGACGACGAGCUGGCGAUGCUGCGCGAUGAACCAGAGCACGUCCCUCGCGGUGUACUACGAGAUCAUCAACCAGCACGCGAACCCCAUACCCGCGGGGACGCCGUUCUACCUUCAGUUUUGCACCAGGUUCAAGCUGAGCGACGGGGAGAUUCGAUUGCGGGUGAUGACCGUCGCGCGAAGGUGGGCGGAGAGCAGCGCCGCGCACGACAUCGUGCAGGGGUUCGAUCAGGAGGCGACGGCGACGCUGAUGGCCAGGCAGGCGACGUUCAGGGUGGAGCACGAGGAGGAGUUCGACCUGCUUCGCUGGCUGGACCGGACGCUGAUACGCGUCGGGUCGAAAUUUGGGGAGUACGCGAAGGACGCGCCGGAGACGUUUCGCAUGCCCGGACCGUUUGCGAUUUACCCGCAGUUUAUGUUUAACCUGCGUCGGUCGCAGUUUUUGCAGACGGCGAAUAACUCGCCGGACGAGACCGCGUUUUACCGCCUCAUGAUGGGCCGAGAGACGGUUUUGAACUCGCUGGUCAUGAUACAGCCGACGCUGAUGUCGUACACGUUUAACGGGCCGCCGACGCCCGUUUUAUUAGACGUCGCGUCGAUCACGCCGGAUUCGAUUUUGUUGCUGGACACGUUCUUCAUGAUCGUCGUGCACGCGGGGGCGACGAUCGCGGCGUGGAGGAAGGCGAACUACCAGGACCAACCCGAGCACGAGGCGUUCAGGGAGCUCCUCGCGAAGCCGGUCGCGGACGCCGCGGCCGCGAUGGCGAUUCGGUGCCCGACGCCGCGGUUAGUCGAGUGCGACCAGGGCGGCUCGCAGGCGCGGUUUCUUCUCGCCAAGUUGAACCCGUCGUCGACGCACGCGACGAGCGGCUCCGGCGGCGUGGGGAGCUACGAGAGCGCGAUCGCGGGCGGGGGCGGCGACGGCGGCGGGGGGUCGGAGAUCAUCCUCACGGACGACAUCUCCAUGAGCGUGUUCAUGGCGCACCUCGCGAAGCUCGCGGUGCAGUCGUAG